AUGGAUGGGCUGGAGUGGGAGCUGUGUGAAGCUGCAUGGAGUUGGAUCACUCUGAGUGGAGCUCGGUGGAGCUGGGUGCAGCUGUGUUGUAGGAGCAGGGUUGAGCUGUAUGGAGCUGGGUUGAGCUGGAUGGAUUGGCUGAGUGGGAGCUGGGGUGAGCUGGAUGGGUUGGCUGAGGUGAGGAAAGCCCCUACCAACAACGGUGAAACGGAUGUGAUGCAUGCAUCGGCAUUGCAUCGCAUUGUAUCGGACGACUCGGAUCCAAUUUGUGAACUCCGAUUCACAUUGCUUGGAAUCGGAUUAACUCCCCUUGACGGUUGUUCACUGCCAUCUGGACUCGACCGUUAUCAAACAGACAAAACGAACGGAUUGUCAGCCUGA